AGCCAUUCGAACAGCUUUACAGCGUUGCAUUGAUAAUAUUUCCGUACUUGUGAUUUAUUUCAUGGGCAGAUUGAUAUUCUCAAUGCACGGUUCCAAGAGGCUGCUUGGACUAGGAACUGCGGGUCCGCCGUCCACAGUUGUCUGAAUUUUCGAGCUCAGUGAGAAGCAUGGUAAUAAGAUCAUGAGAUCAGUCGUACCUAACCUGGGGAUCCUUCUGUUCUACCUCGUAAUUUGUAUCUCUUACGUUCGCAAGACAUUCUGAGCUUCUGACAACGAUGAACAAUACAGUUUUCUGUUCGGAUAUAUCAUCACCAGUUCACUGGACAAAAAGGAUUUCCUUAUGAUAUGUAAGGCGGGCCAAUAGUUGAAUUGCACUCUUUUUUUUUUUCCUAAUUAGGGUAAUUAAUCGUUUAUAAGAGCAAAAACCGGGAGAAGGCUUCAUUUGACAUGAGAAAGAUACGUAGUGGCGUCUCUGCAAUUCCCGGUAACAAUUUGUCAUUGAAGAUGACGGGGAAGCGGAGCAGGACGAUGAGCUUCUUUUUUGCUUUCUUCACCCUCCUAGUUUUUGGGGCUCUUUUCCCUGCCUUUGCUCCUCUCCCCGCUCUAUCUUCCUCAUUUUCAUCUUCACCGUCUCUCCUCCAGGACUCUCACUCGGUUAAAGCUCGAAAGUUUGACAUCUGUGAUGACAUGUUCUGGAAAGAUGGUCAACCAUUUCAGAUUAUUGGGGGUGACUUGCAUUAUUUCCGAGUUCUUCCUGAGUACUGGAAAGACAGGCUUUUGAGAGCCAAGGCAUUGGGCUUGAAUACCAUUCAAACUUAUGUACCAUGGAAUUUACAUGAACCAAGUCCUGGAGAAUAUGUAUUUGAGGGCAUUGCAGAUGUAGAAUCAUUUCUGAAGCUGUGUCAGGAGUUAGGUUUCCUUGUUAUGCUUCGCUCUGGGCCUUACAUUUGUGCAGAGUGGGACUUGGGAGGUUUUCCUGCUUGGUUACUUUCUAUUGAACCAGCUGUCAAACUAAGAUCAUCAGAUCCAACCUUCCUUAAAUUGGUUGAAGCAUGGUGGGAUAUUCUACUUCCUAAGAUAUCUCCUCUUCUUUAUUGCAAUGGGGGCCCUAUUAUUAUGAUCCAGAUAGAAAAUGAGUAUGGCUCGUAUGGAGAUGAUCAAAGAUACCUUUGUCACCUUGUUACUUUGGCUAGAAGACACCUUGGAAACAAUACAAUUUUGUAUACUACAGAUGGUGGUUCAAGGGAAACCCUUGAAAAAGGAACUAUUCGUGGAGCUGAUGUAUUUUCAGCUGUUGACUUCUCCACUGGUAGUGAUCCAUGGUCUAUAUUCCAGUUGCAGAAGGAAUUCAAUGCCCCUGGAAGAUCACCCCCUCUUUCUUCGGAAUUUUAUACAGGUUGGCUUACUCACUGGGGAGAGAAACUUGCUGAAACUGAUGCUAAUUUUACAGCGAAUGCGUUGGAAGCCAUUUUGUCUAAAAAUGGUUCUGCUGUGCUUUAUAUGGCACAUGGAGGAACAAACUUUGGAUUUUUCAGUGGUGCAAACACUGGUGGGAGUAGUUCCAAUUACAUGCCUGACCUUACUUCGUAUGAUUAUGAUGCUCCUAUCAAGGAAACUGGUGAUGUGGAUAAUUUGAAAUUCAAAGCACUGAGGAGUGUCAUAAGACAAUAUACUACAGUAGCACUUCCCCCAAUCCCUUCUAAUAAUGAAAAGAGUGGAUAUGGGACAAUAAAAGUUCAAAAACAUGCAUCUUUAUUCGAUAAAAUUGCCAAUGUUGACAUGGUUGAAUCUGAAACCCCAAUUCCAAUGGAGUUAAUGGGACAGAUGUUUGGAUUUUUGUUAUAUCUGUCUGAAUAUGCAGCAAAAGAAAAUGGAAACAUUCUUAGAAUACAUAAGGUACAUGACAGAGCACAAGUGUUCGUUUCAUGUCAAUCUACAGACGAUAGGAUUCCAACAUAUGUCGGUACAAUUGAAAGAUGGUCAAAUAGGGCACUUGAUAUUCCUUAUGUUGAAUGUGUCUCUAAUAUCAGCUUAUUCAUUUUGGUUGAAAACAUGGGUCGUGUGAAUUAUGGGCCAUACAUGUAUGAUAGGAAGGGAAUUUUAUCUGCUGUUUAUCUAGAUGGCAAUGUUCUCCAUGGAUGGAAAAUGUUUCCACUUCCUUUUGAUAACCUGAAUAAGAUGCUAGAAGUAAAUCCAAUUAUGCAAGUUGGAGAUUCUAGGAUUGCCAAGGCAUCUGUCCACAUGAAUGUAAAAGAUCAAACUAAGGCCAUCUCAAAGGGACCAGGAUUCUAUGUAGGAGAGUUCUUUAUUGACACUUUAAGUGAUGUUAAAGACACUUUCAUAUCAUUCAGAGGCUGGGGUAAAGGGUUUGCAUUCGUUAACAAUAUUAAUAUAGGAAGAUUCUGGCCGUUGGCUGGACCACAGUGCAACCUUUACGUCCCUGCUCCAGUUCUUCAACAAGGAGAAAAUGUUCUGGUCAUACUGGAAAUAGAGGCUCCAAAUCCUGAGCUUGUGGUUAAUUCUGUUGAUAAGCCAGAUUUUACAUGCAGCUGAAGCUUACAUCAGCUAUGACACUAAUUAUAUCCAUUCCACUAGUCAGCGUGUAGCAUUACCCAUUGGUAAGGGGAGAAGCUGGGGGACUCAGUCCAGUAUCAAUUGUUUUACUUCCUCUUUGUCCCAAGUGGCUAAUUCCUAAUUCCUCGUGUUUGUACUUUAUUAGAGUCGCUCUUUUUCAUUGAAUGCUACUGUUUAGUACUUUUUGUUGUAUGAAAUUACACAGAAGUGACCCCUGCAAAUGCACGGGUUGGUAUCAAAAUGCCUCAUUAUUUGAUUCA